ACGUCUUCAAAACAAUGGCCGCUCCAAGUUUAUCAGAAUGAAAUCUUUCCGAAAUAAAAUUUUGCCAUCAAAACGUCGUAUUUGCACAUAAAAGAGCUUCAAAAUGGGUGCAAAGCCUUCUUCUAUCAAUGAGCUGAAAGAGAACGUGCUUUUGAAGCGCCUAGUUGGCCAAGAAUCCAUUCCAGAACGGGGGCAGUUUUGGGAGGAGUUGCUUGCCUUCAGUUUUGCGAACGUAUACAGCAUGUGAGUUUUAUUUUCAAAGUUUACGAUUACUGUUAUAUUUAAUUGUUUAAAUAAGUAGAAAGUAAUAAGCUUUUGUGUGUUAAGUGUAUUGUAUUGGCUCGGUAAAUGAAACGGUGUACUUAUUGUAAAGUGUUAGAAAGUACAAAAAAGUGUUUUAUUUUGUAAACACUUGAAAUUUAUACUAUUUCGUGAUGCAUAUUAAUAAAUGAAUAAAUGAUGUUUUAGUAUAUGUUUAAUGUACAUUGUUUUCUUAUGAGAUUUUGUUGGUAGUUUGUUAUUGAUUGAAAUAAUAUUUUAAGAAAUAAUUGCAUUCAUUUGCCCUGUAGAUCUGAUGCAAAGUUAUUGGAAGAAGCAACAGAAUUACUCUGUUAUAAUUUAGGUAAAUAUUGUGUUUAAUGAAUGUAAACAUACAUUUACACAUUGUGAUUUCAAAUUUUGCCAUCAACUAAACGAAGAUGAAUUGCGGUGUCAGGACUAGUUUUUAUAUUGCAGAAUACAAAUCGUACACUGACAACAACUCGGUGUGUAAACAUGUCUUAAAUAAGCCCAUUUUCCACCAGGCAAAUUUGUAUAUAUGAAGGAAGUUUUUGUCUUGUCCGACUUUGUUGCAUUUUGCCUGACUAGUUAAAAAAAUUUUCCCUGCUAAACUUCAAAAAUUUUUGUUGACUGUAGGGUGGGGGGGAUUUCGAAGGCCCAAUUUAAUGUUUCCAGCCACAUUAUGCCCAAGUUAUGUUUAAUAAAAUUUGCCCAAGUUAUAACAUUUAAAAUUUGCCAAACUUUAAUUUUUCUGAGGGGGGGGGGGGGCGACAGCUGCUUGUGUUGACCCCUGCAGAUGUUAUAACUUAUUCAUGAGUUGAAUUAGCAGGUAAAUAGGUUAGGGAGUACAUGUACAUGUUUGCAUGAGUUUUGAACAAGCACUUCAUAUUCUUGUAGCUCGAAACAAUUUACAAACUGGAAAUUUUAUCACGUUGGUUGAGUUAUGUCAAAGAAAGGUUGUGGAUUUACGAAAAUGUGAUGGAAAGAUUGAGUAUGGAUUCCAAACUUUGAAUUUAAAAUUUGGAAUAUUUUAAUUAAUAUAAUUAUAUAAUAUAGCAAUUAAUUCAGUUCUUUUUUUACAAUUAUGAUAAGGAUGUGUGAGACUCUCCCCUUCACCAGUAAAAUCGUCUGGCAUUUACAGGGUGUUAGCGAGAAGAAAAAGUUUUGUCUGUUAAACGUAAAUUGGGAAAGUUUUUUUGACUGAUCAAAGUCCUUGUGUAGGAAUAAAUAGUGUUUUUUUCCAACGUAUUUCUCCUUAGAUGCAAACAACGGUAGCUUGUUUUUGUAUAUUUCAUUUCCGGUGAAUGAACACGGAUGCAUACCGAUUACACUUUGUUUUGUACAUUUCAUUUCAGUGAAUACACACCCAAUUAAUAUGAGUGAAACGUGAUACAUUUUGAGAAAAUAGUUAAUGGGAAAAAGUAAAUAAAACGUUCUUUGAUAUAAUGAUAUAAAAUCAAACGCAAUGCACUCUCUCAUCAGAAAAAAUGAAAAUCUUCCAGUAAAUCCAGUUUGGAAAGCCCCUUAGCUUCUUCAAUUGGGAAGAGUCCGUCAAACGGACAGCAUAUGGGCUAGCUAACACCCUGCAUUAGACAGAGUAAAAUUGCAAUAAAGUAGAGUGCAUUGGAGUGCAUUGGAGUGCAUUGCAGCUAAAUGGAUUAAUUAAUUUAUGGUUAUCCCAUAAAUACGAAAAACUCUCCCCUUGACAAGUAAAGUUGCCUGGUGUUAGACAAAGUAAGAUAAUAAAGUAUCUAACAGAAUUGGAGUGCAAUGCAGAUUAACCCAUUAAGUUGCAUUGCAUGCAGCCUAAGGUGCCCUAAUUUAUUAUUUUACUCUGUCUAACUGCAGAUUAUUUUACUUGUCAAAUGGAGAGCCCUGGUGCUCCAGGGCUUAAAAAAUAGGCAUACAGACAUACAAUUGUAUGCCGAAAUUAGCUUGGCAUACGCCAAGAAUUUUAGACAAAAUAAGUACGAUCUCAUAUACUUCCUACACCAGAGCUAGCUGAACCGUUACCCCUUUCUGUUUGCCUUGAAAUCCUUCGACAAUGUACAAACAUUCACCUCAAACCCUGAUUCUGAAAUAUCCAUAUAUUUAUAACAAUCAAAACAUUGAAACAUUGAUCUAGAAACAUUGAUCUAGAAACAUUGAAACACAUGAAACAUUGAUCUAGAAACAGUGAGUUCACUGCCUGAAUCCCGGAUGAGCGCAUGGACACUUAAGGUUACAGGACACCCUUUUUGGCGUUUUGUGGAAAAUCGCUACUGCGCGCUCAAUAUCAGUCCGAUUUUCAUCAAAUUUUCACCAAAUGUUCUCCAGUGCAUGCAAAAGAUGAUAAAGUUGUAAAAUUAACAAACAAUAAAAUAAUGUAAGAAUUAUUCAGGAAACUCUUAAGUCGCGGUACCUUUACGCUUUUGAGUUGUGCUCCUGCUGGUUUUAAGUUAUAUUUAUGAAAAUAUCAUUUUUAUACAGUAAAAUAGUUGUUCUAAAAAAUUGUGUUCGGAAAUUUUUGUUUAUUUCGUCAUUCCGCUGAUAUGGCGAUUUCUUUGACGACUGCAAUAUAUUUCUGAAUUCUUUGAGUGAAUUGCUCUUUAUUUUUAAAAUAUUCAAAAUUAAAAAAAAGCCAAACACAGUUUUGAAGCUGACGUAUUUAGCUAUGUCCUGUGAAAAUUUGAAAAAAAUUGGUUAAAACCCGCAGGAGCACAACUCGUUUGAAAAUCAGUAAUUACCGUAAAAAUUUUUCGGGAGAAAAUUGAAUUUGAAUAUUACAUUUUCAAUGUUUUUCUUAUUGCAGCGAAAUGUAUUUUAUUAAAUAACUCUGCGAGUUUUCAACAUUUUUCGUUCAAACUUGGUCAGAUAGUAGAACUAGUCUAAUGCCUUCAUCGAAACCAAUAAAAAAAUUUUAGGCAAAAUUAACACUCAAAGGUGUUCUGUAACCUUAAAGGGUUAAGUUGUGCUUGUUUCUGUGGAAAUUGACCAAGAUGUACACAUUUUAUUUUUUCUAGUACUGCUUUGUGUUGGGAAGUGUUCAACUCUUUGUUGCUGAUUCGAAGUUUUGUGAAAUAUUUUAUCGAACAUUCAAAAGAAGAAGAUUUGUUUGUUCAUUUUGGUGGAUUCACCUUGGCUCAAGCAACAAAACUCCAGCGAGGUACUGUACAUACCUGUACAUUUUCUCACAAUGGCUGCUAUGGGUUGAGAUUGAACUAUGCAUCUCAAUCAAAGUUGGUCAGGAUCGAGGGGCCAACAUUCAUGCAAACCAGUGGUGGACACUUCACACAAUAUUGGGAGGCUAUUUAGCAUUUUCGGUUGCCAACCAGGGUCUGAAAUUUAUCCUCAGUAUCCAACUGGGAUACCAGGAUUCAAAGUUUGGUAUCCCCCAUGGUUGAAAAAUUAUUGUUACAACUUUGUUACAUUGUUAUGGUUGCCCUUCUGAAGUGUAAUGGUUGCCCUUCUGGCCAUCCCCUAAGUACUGUACUAGACAGUGCUGUAAAGGCCUGUUUAAACGGAUCCAACAUUGUUGGACCAACAUCAUCCAACAAUGUUACUAUACUAGAUAUGACUGCUUCUCUUUCAAAUCUUUUUGGUUAGAUAAGCUUUACUCAAACCCUAAACCUAGUCUUGACAAAAUAUUUGAAAAAGAAGCCGUUUGAGCCAUUAUUUCAACAAUGUUGGAUGAUGUUGGCCCAACAAUGUUGGAUCCGUUUAAACAGGGCUUAAAUUGAAAAUGAGAUUUUACAUUUCAGGGAAACUGGCUGGCCAGGUUUCACAAGGAAUUCAAAGAUUGCCAGAGGAUAGUAAAUUUCAAGGUAGAAUAUUACCAUGGAUAAUAAAAUAAAUUUUUAUUUUAUUAUCCAUGAUAUUACAGUACUGUUUAUGAUGAUUUAUGUACAAUUGUUGGACUAAUGAAAUAAAUUGGUUUUUAGAAUGUGGUCUGUUGGAUGAUUUCAUUGAUACGUUAGUUGAAAUACUCGCAGAAGUUCCAUACAGGUAUUACUGUGUAAACUACAGCAACUGUACUAUGCUUGAAAUAGAGCCUAAAAAGUAAAAACUACUGAAGUCAGUAUUUGCGUACGAAUCGUACACAAAAUUCACAUUGGUCAGAAAUAAAUAGCCUUGCCUUUUAAGGUAAUAUCAGGGUAAUAUCAGGGUAAUAUCAAGUUGUUGUUUACGUAAUACGAUAUUCCGUAAUUGUACUUUUGGCCGCUUUAAUUACUGCUUUUGCUGUCUAUAAAUACGGUCAAUAACCGUUAUUAUUAUUUAGUAUGUAAUUCCUGGCCGUUUAAUGAAAAUUGGAAUAUUUAUUUUCGAUAUAUUGGCUGGAAAAUUGGCCGUUAUUCUCAUAUUUUAAAUUAGCUUUGAUAAUCUAAUUAACAAUCGCAGUUUUGAUUGGUUGUUAUUUUCUUGCAUCCAAAUCACUGUCCACUUUUUAUUGACUUCAGUAGCAGGCUCUAUUUCAAACAUAGAGCCUGACACGCGGGCUACAGUAACUGUAGCAAUUUUUCAUUGUCAUGAUACAAGUUCAUCUCUUCAUAUUUAAUAUCAUCAAUGCUUAUUUUGUUUUCUAGUGAAGAAACUUAUGCGUUGUUUCUAGAAGCAAUAAAUAUGCUGGUCAUUUUACUUUCCGUACAAAUGUUUGACCCAGAUGCGUCAUCAAACAGUGUUAUCUAUCAGAUUGUCAUGACUGGAAAAUGGUAAGAUGAUUAACUAGUGAUAGGCCCAGGGACUAGCUACUAGAUGGGGUGUGCAACUCCCCCAAAGAAGUCCUAAAAAUCUGCUUGACCAUACCCCAUACAUUUUCUGCUUUUGGAAUAGCGAUUAGCGGAACUUCUACCGUUAGCGCGUGUCGAUUUCUUGAAACGAUUUAAUUGAUUUGUGAACUUCUACUUGCCCGUAAUGAUUUUUACUUGCCUUGGGCAAGCGCUAAAUUACAACGUCCCUGUAUCAGAUGACAACUUUUGAGUUUGUUUGGAAAUAUCUUCAAGCUUUCGAGUAGUUAUUUGAACAAAAUAUUUUCUUAGGCGUGGUUGACCGUUUAUAAAAAAUGGCCGUCAGUUAACCAGCAUGUAAUUUGAACCACCUUGUUGCCUAGCUUUAGUCCGCUGUAUAUAGUGUUGUGUUGUGGUGCGUUGUAGUGUAAGCAAUGUGCAAGUUUGAAAUAUCUAUAUUUUCAAUUCAGCUCAAAAAGAAGCAAUAAGUUGGUGAUGAAACUUCUGCGAUACUACAUCAAACAACAACCAUUGCCUGACGAAUUGAGAAGUGGAGGUGGAAAAGGACUCAUUGGUAAGGAUCACUAAGACUUUACAAUUAUUGUGAAGAACUUGAAAUGAUGAUCAGGCUGGAAUCUAAAUACAAAUCAGUACACUAAGCUAAGAACUAAAAAAAAUUAAAGACAAAACAAAAACGACACUGUAAAUGAAAAAUAGUUUCACUGAAUGGAUGAACUAGGGCGAGAGAGAGAGAGUUCUCACUGGUGCAUGGAUCCGUCUGUCUUCCUAGGAUUCCCUUGCUUAUGUUAGAUCAGACGGAACCUCCGUCUCUGGUACAUAUUAGCUACACUUUUCCUCCGCAGAGGCUUAUUGGAUAGCUAUAUAUUACAUUAUACCCGCAAAUCAUGUGGCAUGCAGGUAAUCAGCCAAGCCAUUAUAAAUGAAUGUAGCUGGGUUUUAGUAGAAACGAAAAUUUAUAUACAGUGUUAGACCUACUCGGGGGCAACUGCAAAAAAUGAAACGUUAGGCCGUCCAGCAGGAAUCGAACUCGCGGCCCAGUGCAUGCAGCGCGCUAACUGUACAGCGUCCAGUUGACGAGCAUUAACUACAGGUUCUUUUGUGUAAAUAGUAAAGUGACGACAGUGUGAAAUCUUUGAUACACCCUGUAUUUUAUACCUAUUGUAAAUGACGAAUAUUUUCUCAUCAUAAAGGAACAUUGAUGUCGUGGUUUGGCAGUGAGGAACCAGCAGUCGAGGAAGAAGAUGCAUUACUUGCAAAUCAAAGUUUGUUACUACUCUUAAUCUUGGUCAAUCAUUGCACUCAGGGCAAGAAAUUAAACCUUUAUCGUCAAGCAUUGUUCACCUUUACCAACUCCAAACCAAAAGGUACGUCAAGAAUUUUUGUAAACUGUAAGUUUGUGUUAGAAGCGAUGGAUAUAUGAAAGAAUUUUUAAAUUUUGAAACUUCAAGAUACGAGUCAAGCGAUACGCGACGUCUAUAUUCCUAUAUACUGGCUAUAAAAAAUAAAACAGUGUCAUAGAAUAAAGAUCCGUACAGAAGGACCACUUACGUCGGAAGCUUUGAAGUUUCUAUCCUCGCGCAUGUCGCAUUACGCAUGUCGGCCGCCAUUUUCCUAGCCAGUCAAUGACAUUUUCUGGCCAAUAAACACGCUGUACUGGCUGGCUGCUCCGCCUUCUGGCCAGUAAACUGCAUUUUUUUGCAUAAAAAACAAGGACACGUUGCACCGCUGAGUGGCCCUUCUGUUACUGAUCUUCAUUCUGUGACAGUGUCGUUGAUAUUAUAUUUUCCUCACUGCACAAUGAACGCUUAAACAAUUAAAACUCCCUGAGCAAAUCACAAACGCAUGCAGUAACGUCAAAACAUAGCGUGCGGAAUAAGAUUCUCAGCCGCGGCACGGGAUUUCGAGGGAUCAAUAUCCCGUCCCGCGGGAUGGGAUUCCUGUCCCCCGGGACGGGGGACGGGAUUGUUAACUUUCCCGUGAACGGCACUGCAGGUAAUAUGUAUACGUUCUUGAUUGUCAGGUGGUACCUCAUCCGGCGAAACGGAAGAAGCUUCGUUUUAUUUGAAUGCUGGAAUACUUUAUUCUACCUUAUGCAGGUAAUUUUAUCUUUGGUCACUGAAUUAAUGUAUAUCAUAUAAUACCGUUAUACUCUUCCCUUCUUUUACUACUUUUAUUAAGUUCUAAUCAAGCGAGUGAACUCUAUACUGUAUUAAUAUAAAUUAUACAGUGUGUCUGUAGUAAGAACUUCAAUCAUUCGUACAAUGGGCAUGGCUGCAAAUAAAUAUUUGACUUGACAGGACAUUUGUCCAAUCACUUUUAAUUUUGGUCGAACAUAACUUGAAUUUGGUCGGACAUAGGCCUAUAUACGUCACAAUUAUUGCAAAAUGCAAAUUGAGUGAAUUUGCAAUCGGAUUUUGUCACAGCAAAAAAAUGUAUAAUGUGACAAUAUAUUUUUUUGAUCGGACCAAAUGUCAAAAUUACUUUUGCUCGGACAUUUGCCAAAUUUAGUCGGACAUUGUCCGAUGUCCGACAGUAAUUUGCAGCCCUGAUGGGUGAUUCCAGCUAUUUUAGACUAAAUUUUGAUCAAAGCAAGAAGAACGAAAUACAACACCACAGCAGGAAAGAGCGUCUUAGAAUGAGUAAAACUGCAAAGAUUGGUCGCUAAAUGUUGUAAAAUGAAGAAAGUAUAGCUCUGUGAAGUUCGCAAAUUUUGUAUGCAUUUGUAUUAUACGCGCGGUAAAAAUAACCACUUUCGGCUCAAAAAUGGUUAUUUUUCACGCGCGUAAUACAAAUAUAUACAAAAUUUGCGAACUUCUCAGGGCUAUAUAUUCCUCAUUUUAAAACAAUUUGCAACCAAUCUUUGCAGUUUUACUAAUUUUAACAUGCUCUUUCCAGCUCUGGUAAUGUUUUCGUUCUACUUGUCUAGAUCAAAAUUUCGUCUAUAAUAGCUCAGGAAUCAUCCAUUUUUCCUACCUAAUUCGAGUGUUUUCUAACGCAUCAUAUCGCUAAUCAAGUCACAACACAAAAUUUCGGAACACUCUAUAGUUUUUGGCAGCCUUCUGUUAAACGCGGACAAAAAUUCUAGAAACUUUUAAUUUUUUCAAUUGAAACUUAAUUAUGGCACUGGAAGUCAAUCCCGCCAUCUUUGGCUUCACUUUUCGGACGCGAGUUCUUACUCCAAAUUAUAUGAAGCUCACUCAUGGUUGUACUACUUAACUCAUUAAGCACCAGCGUUCCCCCCUUGACGAGUAAAAUUGUCUGGCGUUAAACUGAGUAAAAUAGUAAAGUAGGGCGCAUCAGGGUGCAGUGCAAAUGCGUUAAAGUAGAAAAUCUGUGUAUAUUUCUUAGUUACCUUAAUUAUAUUUAUUUUUAAUUUCUAGUCAACUGCAUACAGAUCAAACGACAUUACUUCUAUACCUGUUACUACAUCGCAAUCCAACGAUAGCUUCGUACUUACUAUCAAGAACUGAUAUUGAUCAUUUGGUAUGUAUAGCGUGGCUUGUAAUCAUUCAGUGAGAAUCUUCGGGCCCAGUGGAGGACAUUUCGGACAUGGCUGCAAAUUGCAUUUCUAUCAAGUUUUUGUCCUAAAUUUCAUGCAAGUUUGCUGAAUUUAGAGUUUGCCAUUGCAUGGUUUCAUGGUUGAUUGUAAAGUUAUUGAUAAUUUGAUAGUUACAGUGUAUUGUAACGGCUUUGUUUCUCAGUUAUUCAGCUACACCUUGGAUGGAAACGAUACUCGCAUUGAGUUCAUAGGCAUAUGUGUAAAGGUUCAAAGAGGGGCGGUUGCCCUCCCAAAAAUGUAGAAUACCAAGGAAAUUCGGGCAAAUGUUGGGGGAAAUAAUGAAAACUCACUCUAAACCAUAACCAAUGCUCCAUGCAUAUGCACCUCCCCCCAGAUCUGGCUGGAUCCGCCCCUGCCUUGGGUCAACAGAUUAUUGCAUUCUACCUCUGAAGGAGUGAAGCUAAAACUAAACAUUGAUCUGCUUCGAUUUAUGUAGGUCACUCCUAUUCUCAAACUGCUGUACACUGCGGAAGAACAGAACUCGCAUCAUAUCUACAUGGCUUUGAUUGUUUUAUUAAUUUUGAGUCAAGAUGAGAAUUUUAACAAAUCUGUUCAUGAGGUGGUAAGUGUUGAGUUACCAAGCGAUAUACAGUAUUGUACCGUUUGUGAGGGGAGAUGAAGUUAGCGUUACGGGUCAGCUGAUGGUUAUUGAACAACUUCAGAACAGUGACCACUUAUAGAGGGCCAGUUCCACUCGAGAAAAAUUUCCACGGACAGAAAAGUUUCCGAAAAUAUCAUUGUUAAAAUUUUGAAAUUUAAAAUUCUCAACUUCAACAUUUUUUCCGACGGAAAAUUUGUGUCGGCCAAUCACAUUUUACAAAAUUUUCUUUCCACGGAAAAUUUUCCUGAGUGGAAAUGGCCUUUUAUAGCUAUAGGUCAUAGGAACAAGAAAAUUAAAUUAAAUUUCUCAAUUUGAUAAUGAAGAAAAGCUGGGUGGAAUAUACUGUAUGUAGGAAGAAGUAGACAUUUCUUCAUGGCAAGGGCUGGUGUAUGGUAUUUUUGCGCGCGUUAAUUUGUUACCGCAAAGGCAAUGAGAUGAGUUUUGUAAAAACAAAUUAACCAGUGCGAAAUUACAAUACAAAACUUGUUGUGGAAAAAUUAAUGACGAUUUUGAAUGAAGAGUAAAGCGUAUGAGUAAUGUUGAUCUUUUGUUUCUUUGUCAGGUUUUACCAGAAGUCCCGUGGUUUACAGAUCGAGUUAUAAAUAAUAUCACGUUGGGAGGAAUGCUGGUUCUAGUUGUGAUAAGAACGAUACAAUAUAAUAUGACUAAAAUGAGGGUUAGUACUCUGUCUUACUUUGUUCCUUUAGAAUGUGAUUUUCUCAUAAAUGGUAAUCUAACCCAAGAUAAUGAAUUCUUAAUUAAUCUAUUUUUUCCACUUUUACCCAUUGAGCGCCACAGUCCUAUCUCCUCUAUUUACUGUUCUGUAUUACCAAUAAAAUUAUUUUCUUUCUAGGACAAGUAUCUUCAUACAAAUUGUCUAGCGGCUCUGGCAAACAUGUCCGCACAGUUCCAUGCUUUACACCCUUAUGUUACACAACGACUUGUCAGGUAUGUGUUGAACCCCUACUUUCAAUACCACAAUAUUUCUGUAUUACACCCUUAUGUUACACAACGACUUGUCAGGUAUGUGUUGAACCCCUACUUUCAAUACCACAAUAUUUCUGUAUUGUAAUGGAGUACCUUUGGCGCGAUCGUCAAAGCAAGCGCCUUCCACCUCUGAGUUCUUGGGUUCGACUCUCGCUACGGACUCAUGUGGAAAAGUCAGUCAAAGCUUCCCCGAAAGUCGUGGGUUUUCUCCGAGUGCUCUGGUUUCCUUCCACAGGAAAUGUUGACAGGGUGUGUUGGGAUUAGCCUCCUAACUGAGCCUUCCACCGUAGUUGUGCUCCGUGAUCAGACAUGAGUCAUAAGGUGGCUGCCAGAGGCGCCCUUAGUAAGCCUUCCACACGAUCAGCUUGGGCUGCGUCCUUCGCAAUGGACCUUUAACCUUAUAACUAAAAUUUUGAUCUAGACAAAACUUUCAUCACAGCUUGAAAGAGCAUCACAAAAUUAGUAAUACUCCAAAGUUUCGUUACGAAAUGUUGUAAAAUAUUGUAAAAUGCGGAUAAUAUAGCCCUGCGAAGUUUGCAAUUUUCAGUCAUUUUAGAUUACAAACUGGAAAUUGAUACCCAAACACCCGAUUUGGGUAUCAAUUUCCCGUUUGUAAUCUAAAAUGACUGAAAACUGCAAACUUCGCAAGGCGAUAUUAUCCGCAUUUUACAACAUUUCGUAACGAAACUUUGGAAUAUUACUAAUUUUGUGAUGCUCUUUCAAGCUGUGAUGAAAUUUUUGUCUAGAUCAAAAUUUAGCUAUAAGGUUAAAGGUCCAUUCAGCUCUCAGCUGUAAGUAAGGAUGAUUAGCACACCACUACUUACUGUACGUUACAACAUAUUCUCUUCUAUUGUUUCACAGUUUAUACGCUGUGUUGGCGAAAAAACAUGGUCGCGUACAAGAGCAAAUCAAACAAGCUGAACAAAAUCCACACCAAGCCAUGCAGGAAGACUUUCCACAGGAUUUCGUAAGUGCCAAUCGUACCAUGCUGGGUUGCUCCAUCUAUUCUGAACUGUUAAGUUCUGCCUAGAAAUCUAGUUGUGCCGGCAGUGUUUGGAAAAGCCAAAGUGGAGCGCUCUUCAUGCAUGCGAAUGAGACGAAGUUUUAAUCAGACAUUUUCCCACAAAAUUGACAGAAUUUCCCACAAAAUUGACAGAAUUUGUCCCAUUUAUUUUUAUAAUAAGCCAAUAUUGCCCGACUGUGAAUCGAAUAUUGCCCGACUGGCUUUGUUUGCCCAACAAACUGGGGGGCUGCCGCCCCCCCCCGCCCGGUACGCCCAUGACACUUAUUGAUCUGUUUAUGUUCCAGGUUUCUGACUUGGCAAUUCUUGAAGAAGUGAUACGGAUGGUGUUGGAAAUAAUCAAUUCGUGUCUAACAAACACACUGCAUCAUAAUCCGAACCUCGUGUAUACCUUACUGCACAGACGAGAGUUGUUCGCUCAGUUCAGAACACACCCAACUUUUCAAGAUAUUAUACAGAAUAUUGACACGGUAAGUCCAUCUAUACUCACAAGUCACUACACGCAACUAAACUUAAAACUACAGUAUAUGAUUAAUGAUUUGAGAGUAAAUUCCCCUGGCACGAAAAUGUGGAAAUUUGUAGACGAUGUCUCAUCCUCUGAAAAUCUUAAUCGAACAGCUUCUCGGUCACUCAGUCAACUCUUGAUUCUAUCGAUUCAUGGGCAACUUACAAUUGUAUGAAAUUGAAUGCCAAAAAGUGCAAAGAGCUCAGGGUUUCCUUUCUUAAAGAAACCCCGCAGCUACCAUCUUUGACAAUUGAUGGUUACGUGGUAGAAACGGUACAAUCGCACAAAGUGUUGGGUUUAAUUAUUCAAAACAAUCUUAAAUGGGACGAGCAAAUUCGAUCAAUCGUCACCAAGGCCUCCAAACGGUUAUACGGUCUUCGCGUAUUAUGCCGCGGUGGUGUCCCUCCUGCUGAUCUUACCAACAUAUACUUUGCUCUUAUUCGUUCUAUUCUGGAAUACUGUUGUGAGGUAUGGAAUUACGCGAUACCUCGCUAUCUGUCUGACGAACUGGAAAGAGUACAAAAGCGUGCCAUGCGCAUUAUCUUUCCUGGCCACCCAUACGACGAAGCUCUUCAAUUGGCUAAUUGCACAAGACUUAGCGACAGGCGAAACGAAACCUGUAUAAAUACCUUACAGAAGAUUGCUAAACGAGCAGGCCCCCUUGUUGAACACGUGACACAAUCCAGAGCUUGUGCUCAACAAUAUUAUAUUAGAAACUUAAAUAAUCUGUCAUUGUAUAAAUGCAGAACUGAACGCUUUAAAAACAGUUUCUUUCCAAGAGCAAUUGUCGAACUGAAUGCCAUGAAAUAGAGAAAGGAACCUACCUUAGAUUAAAUUAUUAAAUUUUAACAAUAUUCUUAACUUAUUAUUCGAUCUUAACUUAUAUAUUAAUAAUAUUCGUAACCUAUUUUACCUUAAAUUUUAUGACCGUGUAAAUAACUAUAAACUAAAUUUGACUUUGAAUGUAAACACAUUGUAAUUCAUUGUUUUUGCGAAAAUGUGUAAUUAAACACCAAAUAAUAAUAAUAAUAAUAAUAAUAAUAAUACUGCAUGGGUAUUACUUGCUGCAAGCCGACUCUUAUUCAGUCCCAGAUAAUAUAUUUCUCUUCCUGGCUGCAAAUUUCAAGAAUAAAAAUUUCCUAUGUGAGUCAAAUAUGAAAACUUCCUGAAUAUGUAGAGCUUGAAAGUCAGAGGCAUUAACCAGUAUACAUAAUUAUACUGUGCUCGUGGGUGUAGUGUUUUGGUAAUAAUACAUAUACGUUUCAUUUGUGCGCAGGUAUUGGCGUUCUUCAGCACUCGUCUUGAACAACAUCCAGAGCAGACUUUAUCAGUUCAGGUUGUGCUGGACGUUAUCAAACAAGGAACAUUACAAUGGCCUCGAGAUAGACUCAAGGUUUGUGCUCAAUUCUUUUCAGUAUUCUUUAUAGACGAAAAUACUCAAUUCCGAUUGACUGAAAGCACUGCAAUUAUUUUUGAAAUUGCACACUGUGUGCAAUUAACAAAACACAAGCAGAGCUUGGGAACGAGGCAGAAAAAAUGAACAUGGCGGCAGGUAUUGGCAAUGUAAAUUUUCACUUUUUUGACAACUUGUGCACGUGAACGGAAAAUCGUACGUGAAAAUAACAACUCACUGAAAGAUUGAAGUGUUUGCUAACAAACAAUGAAAACGAUGUUUAAAUGGCGUAGGUGAGUGCAACGGUGUUAUCGAAGCGUGUAUAGUUUGAUACGAAUAAUGAGCUACUCGCAGACUUCCCCAAAUUCGGGUGCUUGGUUUCUGUCUUGUCUUCUUUCGUGUCUUUGCUGGUCAGUUCGUAGGAAUUACCCAAUUAAGCGAUGGGUGGAACGCACAAUUUAGGAAGCGCCAAACAUAUCUUGCAUAAUUACUCAAUAAUGCAUUACAAAUUCAAUCAUAGUUUUUCCUAGGAGUUUAUAUAAAUAUCCCUUAACGCGUGGACAGGGCCUCCAAGAGGGGGAGGGGGGGGGGGGGCUUCACAGAGGCAGGUUUGCCACGGGCCUCCAGAUGAAAGGGGCCCCCAAACUGGGAAAAAGCAGAAAAUUUUUGAAGACUAGUUUAUUCGAAGAUCAUAGGUGUAGAGAAUAAGGGGGCCAGAAAUUUUACAGCGGGGGCUUAGCUCCCCGAGAAAUUGUCCAUAAGUAAUACGUCAACGGUGGCUAGACGGGGGAGGUCUUUGGAAAAAAAAUUCAGUCCGUGGUGAACGCCCGGCAAGUCACCCAAACUUAGUUUUAGGGCCCCCAAAUUAUUGUUUGCCCCGGUCCCCCACUUGUCUCUGAGAGGUCCUGAGCCCGGGAUAAAUUGGGGGACAUUGUUGCGCAAAGAUAUUUGUCAUAUUAUUUGUCUUGCCAAUUGACCAUUUGCGUAAUAGACAAAAUUUUGAUCUAAACAAGUCUGGACAAAAAUUUCAUCACAGCUUAAAAGAGCAUCACAAAAUUAGUAAUAUUCCAAAGUUUCGUUGCGAAAUGUUGUAAAAUGCAGAUAAUAUUGUCUUACCAGCGUUGGCAAACGGAGGCAAAUGUUUCAUCAAAUGUUUUUGAAUUUGGUAGGAAAUGUUUUUGCUUUUCGCGAAGCAAAUUUUGUUUCUGCAGCAAAAAAAAAGAUGUGGGAGACAGGGAAACAUUGAAAACCACGUUGAGCAAACAUUGAAAACCACGAAUAUUUCCGCGAUAAUGUUUCUUACGUUUGGCUAAGGCUUUAGUUUAGCGAAAUAUUUCAUUUGUUUCUUGAUCGUGUGAAUUGUAUGUAUUUUAUAUAUUCUCUGUCUUGUUUGGUACAGGUGGGUUUUUACCUCACACGAAUUUGCUCGCCAGUUUGUAGAGUUAAACAUUAAAACGGUAUUUUAAAACGAUAGCCAAUGAAUUGAAGUGAUUUAGCAUAUGAACAAGCAAAAUGUACAAUGUGUUUUAAACAAUAUUUAAUGUGUGUGUAUUUAUUCGUUAAUAUUACAAGGUUUGUUCUUUAUUCUGUGAUUUUAUCUGCGCGUGCGCAGUGAGAGUUUGGCUGACAUGCGCAUGCGUAUUUGCUACCAACGCAAUGGCGGUUCGAAUAUUUCGAAGCGCGAAAAUAGCAAAUUUUGGAUGGAUCUUUAUCCCAAUUGUGCACCUAGGUGUUUUGCUUGGGGAGCAACGGAUUCUGAUAAAGUAAGUUUUUUAUCUAUUGAUUCAUGCGAAAAUUACGUAGUUCCACGAGGGGUGCAACGGAAUUGAUUCUUUUGGAUGCUCACCCUACGGCCUAUUACGCUGGUGUCCAAUCUCUAUUCUGUGGCGGCGUUGUAAGGCCAACAAUAGAGACCUUACGAUUUUGGACGGCAACGGCUGCCAAUACAAUAGAUCAUUGAAAAGAAUUGAAAAAUUACAGUAUAUGAAUAAUUUAGACAUUGUCCUCGCUCUGUUUACAACGCCAAAUCACAGAUUUUCAGUUUCACGUCUUGAUACAACGGCUGCAUUUCAAGCCGCGCAACAAGUGCAACUUCAAACCGGGUUUAGCAGAACUCUUCCCUUCAACUUCUAAGACUGUAUUAAAUUUAUACGAUUGAUAAUAUACGACGAAUUAUCUUUACUACCAUUUAUUUGAAGGAGUUUGUUUUGGCCGUCGUCGUCGCGUUGCCGUCCUAAAAUCGUAAGUUCUCUAAAGCCCAGUUUCCAUUUGGUCGUUAGCUGUCGCUGGCACGACAAGCGGUAGAUGUGAAAUAGUCUAAUAUAAUAAUAGUCUGUUUGUGUGAUAUGCAAAUCAGUCUUAAUGAUUUCAGAGUUUUUUGUUGACAUUCUAUUACAUCAGCCACUUGUCGUGCCAGCGACAACUAACGACCAAAUGGAAACUGGGCUUAAUAGGGAAUUUACGAAUGUAAAAUAGAGACCUUACGAUUUUAGGACGGCAACGGCUGCCAUAGAUCAUUGAAAAGAAUUGAGUAAUUACAAUAUAUGAAUAAUUUAGACAUUGUCCUCGCUCUGUUUACAACGCCAAAUCACAGAUUUUCACGUCUUGAUACAACGGCUGCAUGCCAAGCCGCAACAAGUGCAACUUCAAACUGGGUUCAGCAGAACUCUUCCCAACCAUAAAACCCAUGUCUUCAACUUCUAAGACUGUAUUAAAUUCAUACGAUUGAUAAUAUACCACAAACUAUCUUUACUACCAUUUAUUUGAAGGAGUUUGUUUUGGCCGUCGCCGUCCUAAAAUCGUAAAUUCUCUAAUAGGGAGUUUACGAGUGUAAAAUGGCGACGUCAGGACGACAGCUAUAUCAAUACAAAAGAAAUGAAUAAUUAGUCUAGCAGGAGUUUUAGACGUCGUCCAAGCUCUGUUGACAACGGCAAAAUGCAUGUAGUACGCUAGCAUUUCAAUCCGUGACAGGUAGUUUUUCUAGCAGUGUUUAUCGACGUUGCUCUGAGGGUUAAAGCUCUGUUUUGCUCAUUCGACACUAUUAAAUGCAACGAAUGUAAAUACAAGACAAGACUUCCAUACAAUCAUUCAUUUCAAACAGUUUGUUUAGCCGUCGUCCUCACGUCGCCGUCUUACAUUCGUAAACUCCCUAAUGAAAAGAGUUGUUCGUUGGUCUUUAAAUAUUUACCGGUUCAUACUUUGUGCGCGAUUCAAUUAGAUAUCAAAAAUAGUCUUUCUUUGACUAUUUUCGAUUUACAGCUACUCUGUAAAUACAAUGUAGCUCGACUUCCUUGUCUUUAUUUAUACUUUUUCACGAUAACAUUUAAAUUAUAAACAAGCAGCCUAGUUCUAGGAUGUAUCUAGAUGUUUACUUGGCAUGUCAAUAGAGACCUUACGAUUUAGGAUGGCAACGCGACGGCAACUGCUACCAAUAUAAUACAUCAUUGAAAAUAAGUUAGUCAAAAGACAAUUGAUACUUACCCAAGGUAUCCUUCCAAGCAUACCCGAAAAUACAAACAUUGUUAUCUACAAUUCUAUUAGCAAGCAAUAUGUAUUUCUUCCACUCGUGAGCUCAUUGCAAAGCAAUGUCCAGGCCUUGUGACCCUGGAUGGACAUUGCUUUGCAAUGAGGCCUGGACAUUGCUUUGCAAUGAGCUCACGAGUGGAAGGAAUACAUAUUGCUUGCUAAUAGAUUGUAGAUAACAAUGUUUGUAUUUUCGGGUAUGCUUGGAAGGAUACCUUGGGUAAGUAUCAAUUGUCUUUUGACUAACUUAUUUUAUACAGAGCACUUCCGUCCUUUAUCAUUAAUUCAUUGAAAAUAAUUGAGUAAUUACAAUAUAUAAUUUAGUCAUUGUCCUCGCUCUGUUUACAACGCCAAAACACAGAUUUUCACGUCUUGAUCAACGGCGGCAUUUCAAGCCGCAACAAGUACGUGCAACAUCAAACUGGGUUCAGCAGAAUUCUUCCCAACCAUAAAACCCAUGUCUUCAACUUCUAAGAUUUACGACGAAUUGUCUUUACUACCAUUUAUUUGAAGAAGUAGUUUUAGCCGUCGCGUUGCCGUCCUAAAAUUGUAAGGUCUCUAUUGUGUGGGUAGCACGCGCUUUAUUGUCUAAUCUAUUUGAAUACGACAAUUACAUUGAAUACCACGCACAUGUCGCCUUUGUGUUAUCCUAAAAGUCAGACGCAAAGUGUUUGAUGUAAGACUGCUUAUCUUGCCUACGCCAACAGGAACAAUGGAAGCACGAUCAAUUGAGCUCUACAAUCGAUUCCUCGCUUCAGGGAAUCGUUAUCUGGAAAAUAACAAAUUGGAAGACGCUGAACGAGCCUUUGCUAGCGCGGCGAGACAGGUCUAUAUUUUGAAAAACAAAGUGUACGAAACAGCACUCGCCUUAAGAGGAUUAGGGUUUGUCUACAAAGCUCGCGGAAGCAUUCACAAAAGUGGUGAAGAUUUGGUCAAAGCUUCGGGGCUUUUUAUUGCUUCGUUGACUCGACUGCAAGAGUGCAAUGCAGAAAAUGAGCAGAAAAGAAAUAUCAAAACUGAUUUAGACUCCGAAAUUCAUCAUUUACAAGAAGAGAUAAGCAAUAUUCACACCAUGUUUAUUGAUGAAAUACUUCAGUCGCACCAGAAUGACAGCAGGAGCGAUUUUCGAAAACACGAACAUUACAAAGAAUCUCUUCAAAAGAUCCGCGAAUUCUGUCGAUCGAAAAUGAACACCUUAGAUGAUAUGCCUCUGCUUGACCCAGAUGUAAGUCAAGGAGGUAUCAGUGUUGAAAAGGAAAGAAUAGAAUAUACACAACAAUUGUAUAAAGACAUAUCGAAAUCAAUGAAAGAUUUAAUUACAUACAUGGUAGAUGACUGUAUGAAAAUUAUGUCAAGUCCUCCGUGUGAAUUUGCUAUUCUUGGCCUGGGUUCAACAGCAAGGGAGGAAGCUACGCCAUACUCUGAUUUAGAAUUUUGUAUCCUUGUUGAAGAGAACACGGACGCUGUCCUGCAAUAUUUUACCGACUUCACAAACCUUCUUCAUUUAAAAGUUGUAGAACUUGGUGAAACUGUUCUUCCUAGCCUGGGAAUUAGAUCAUUGAAUGAUUACUAUUCCGGAAGCAGAGAGGAUGACUGGUUUUAUGAUGAUGGUCAAAGAGGUUUUUCGUUUGACGGAGUCAUGCCUUGGGCAAGUAAAACGCCAAAAGGAAGAGACAAGACUUUGAAUAAGCCUUGGAUACAGUCACUGAUUAAAACUCCUAAGGAUAUGGCUGGCCUUCUUACAGAGACAUCUAUCUUGAAAGAGGGAUACCAUCUGGCUGACGUGCUUUCUAUUUGUUCUCUAAUUUAUGGAGAUUGUUCAUUGUUCGAAAACUAUAGAGAUUUUAUGAGAGACUUGCCCGAAACUAUAAACGAUUGCAACUCCGCGGAGGUUCCAAUGUCUUGGAAAGAGAGAAUCUUACAAGAGCUGGUUGAAGUACAAAAGAAAUAUCAUAAUUUUCUUGCAGACUACUUAAGAAGACCAGGUGAGAGUUAUGCAGUGAAAACAGAUAUCUACAGAUUUCCUAGUCUUGUUAUACAGUAUGUAGGGAGGUACUUCGAUAUUCAUUGUUCUUCUUCGUGGGAAACGAUCGAUAGGUUGGUGUCUGAAAAGAUUCUUCCUCCAGGAAGAGCUCAGAAUUUAAGAACUGUGCUUGGUAUAGCCGCAGAACUUCGAUUGAGAACAUAUUUAAGCAAUCAGUCUCAACGUGAGUAUUUCAAUGCACUUGGUAAUCAAGAUCUCCCUGAUAAUCUAUCAUUGUUACUACAGAGGUUUUUCUUAACUGUUGUACCACUAGAAGAAGCUAUAGAGAAAUUGCCCUCUGAAAAUUUACGUGAUGUGAUAAGCUCUGAAUUAUACAACGAUAACCCAAAAAUAAAAGCAAGACUGCACUUACAAUUUAGGGAGUACGACAAAUCUGAAAAGAUCUUCAAAGACAUGCUUGCAAACGCACAAGAUUCGUCCCCGAAUAUUGCUGAAGAUCAAGAAAUUGCCGAAAUUUCUAAAUUGCUUGGGAAUGCUUUGGUUUUCCAAGAAAAUGUAUCGGAAGCGAUUGAAUACUAUAGAAAAGCACUAGAAAUUAAUGAACGAAUCUACCAGCGUGACCCGCAGACAUCUAUGAAUAAAAAACGUCUUGGGGACAGUUAUUCAAACUACGCUGGCGCCCUUCAACAAUCAGGCCAAAUCAAGGAAGCUUUAUAUUAUUAUUUUAAAGCUCUGAACAUCCGAUAUUCGUUACUUGAAGAAAAUUCAUCGACAAUGAAUCAAAUUCAUUUGCAAGAUGUCGCUGACACACAUUAUAAUGUAAGUGCACUUUAUUUCAAUGAGAAUGUCAAAUCAAAUAAGGGGAAUAAGAGGCCUAUUUCAUUUGGUAAUAUCUUAAACUUGACCAAAGCGCAAGCCAAGGAUCAUUGCCAACAUGCACUGGAUAUUGCUAACAUCUUAUUUGAAAAGUACAAUAUAGCUUAUCAGUAUCACGUUCCAUUAUUAUGUUUUAAAAGUACUUAUUUACUUCAAUCAGAAAAAUGCGAAAUGGCGCAUGUCAAAUACUUCAAUGACGCUCUAGAAGUGUUGUAUAGGCAUAGAAAAUAUGAUAUUUUUACCGAAAGAGAAACAAAACUGUUAGCCAUACUUGGAGCUGUAGCGAUUGAGGUGGGAGAUUGGGAGAAAGCGAGGUUUAUGUAUAACAGAGCUCGCAAGAUACUGACUCACAUCCAUGGAGCGAAUGAUGAGGAUUUUUUGGCUGAAUCACUUAAUAACCUAGGAUUUGUCAAUGAACAUGAAGGAAUGUACGAGGAAGCGUUAGAGUAAGUUUUACAUUCAAGCUAGAGACAUGAGUAUAAGGAUUCAUGGUGAGGAUAGUGACAAGUACUACAUAAAACAUGCAUCAUGCAUGCGCAGCCGAUUUUUAUCUUAUAUACAAACUCGAGCCGAAGUCGAGAGUUUCUAUAUCAGAUAAAGAUUGGAUGCAAAUGUUUUAUCGUACUUAAAAAAUGACCCACCUUAUGAGUUCAUUGGCGAAGUAAUUUUAAAAAUAAACAUUGUCUAAGCCUUGAAAAUCAAAGCUGAAGUUUAUCAGUAAAUCAGGACAAAUCUUUAUCAAGCCAGGUGAUCUUGAUACGCGGAAAAGUACUGGCACUAGUUGUCAAAUAGAAAUCCAUUUUAUGAUUAAAACAACUGAAUAUCUCCUGUAAUAUACUUUAUUUCGAUUCCAUAUUUUUGUCAGAGGUAUAGUUCUCAUAACCAAACAUAAUUACAAAAUUUCAACUAGUUUCAUAAAGAAUAACGAAAGAUAUAAUUGACUGAAUACAUCAAAAUGGAUUUCUAUUCGGACAACCCUUUCUGAGCGCUGAUUGGCUAAAAUACGAACACGAGAUCACCUGGAGUAAAUCAGGACAAAUCUUUAUGCGAUUUACAAACAUUGAUUAAACAUUCAUUUCUUUUGCAUUUUCCUCAUGACUUCAAAACUUAAAAUAUUUUUGGCGUUCCUUUCAAAAUUACUUUGUUUUAGCUAUAUUCAACAGUUUAUAGAAUUAGCUACCUUCUUAAAUGCAUCUGCCGGGUUGAGAAACAUAAAAUAAUUGUUAAAAAUUGUUAUUUAAAAUACAAUUACCAAUGACGCUUUAAAAUUGACGCCAUAUUUACAACAAUAUUAGCUUUAUAUUAGUUUAGUCAUAACCACAAGUGGUAUAUUAUACGCAUUAGUUUUGAGCGCGUGUUACGUAACACACAAAAAAUCUCCUCUUAAUGAGUUUUACAAGUACUACGAGUUAAUAAUGAAAAGGAAUAUAUUUAUAUGAAAAUGAAGAUAAUACCAUCUUAGGUUCAAACAUUACAAUAAAUUUCAAAAUCAUACAAAAUAUGACCAGUUAUGAGCGAAUAUAUGUUUCAAAAUUGCAAUGGCUGAACAGUAUAAACGUUUACAAAUUGACAAUAACAAACUCUUAACUCUAAAAAUAUAUCACAAUACGCGCUAAAUUGCACUGUAGUUUGUAUAGUCUGCUGUAAGGGAAGCCUCACAUAUCGAUUUUGUCCACCAGAAACGUCAACCUCGUUCCCAGGCUCUUUGCUCUUGGGUUGAAACGUCAUAUGUUCGUUUCUCUGGAGACCACCCCUUAGAAAGUCACACAUAGUUAUCGAUAUUUUGUUCUUAUAGUACACUUAGGGUAAUUUUCUACUAUUUUCUACGGUCGGCUAUUGGUGAUGCUUCCGCGAGGAAUACAUCAUCUUCUGCUGACAUAUUUUUUUUAUUAAUAAUAAUAUAUAUGAACUUCAAAAUUUCCAACGUUUCUCCAAACAACUUUUUUUGUAUGAAAUAUUGAUGAUUUUAGCGCGUUUUUCUUGAAACUUGAAACUUCAAUGCAAGGAAGGCGUAGUAAUAUAAAUGCAUACGUAUAGAACAAGUAUGGUAUUACGAAUGUAUAGACUGGUGUUUGUAUCAAGCUGUUUUCUUUUUUAUAUUCUGCAGAGAUGAUUCCGAAAUGUUAAGGCUUUCGAAAAAACUAUCGAAUUUUCCCAUGAAGUUUACAGAGAAACGUCACAGCUGCAACCCCCACCCCCAAACGAACGUAUGACGUUUCUCGUGGAAAAAUUCGAUAUGUGAGGCUUCCCUAACACUCCUAAUAACCGAUAAAAGCAACGUUUGUAGAUCGAGUAGUAAGUUUCAUAAAUACAUAAAGCGACAUGUAUUUAUUAAAUAGGAUACAUCAUUUGAAUGUCAAUCAGUAUUUUCAAAUUGAUUGGGUAUAGCCAUUGUACCAGAAUUACAAAUUGUAAGUGAAAUGCCGCGAGUAAAUAUCGGAAGUUCCUGUGUCUUCCCCAGUCGUCUCUUGAUUAGUUGGACAGUCUUCAGGAUAGUAAUUGCAUGUCUUCAUAAAUUUAUAAGUUUUAUAAAUUCGCAUUAACUGGGUAUGCAUUUAUUAUCAUUUGGAUCAGGCAUGUACCACUAUACCACAAACAUUUUGUGAAUGAGAAUCAAACAGAUAAAUACAAUCUUUUAUUAGAGCCAUAUUAAUAGUCUUCAAAUAUUAUAAAUGCAUAAGUAUUGCUUGAAAAAGCAUUCAGCAAAGCUGAACGUAAAGUAUAGUACAAGCUGUGAUUUUUGUGCUUGUCGAACACAUCAAUAGUUUUCCCUUCAUAAACUCUUUGUAAUCUACUAACCAUGAAAGUGCAUUGUUUCACGAGUUUUGAUCUUAAAAUACCCUAAACUUUCGACAUAUGCAAACUCCAAAACCAUGAUAUAGGCACUUUAAUAAUUAGUCACUAAAGCAACUCAACAUCCGCCCUUUUUUAUUCAGCCUAAAUACCGGAUGGGGGGAUAAAACACGGACGAGGGGAUAAAAACACGGACGAGGGGAUAAAAACACGGAUGAGGGGAUAAAACACGGACGAGGGGAUAAAACACGGACGAGGGGAUAAAACACGGGUGGGGGAUAAAACACGGGUGGGGGGAUAAACGUACCUGUGCGCGCAUUCAGUAAGUACGAAAUUUUGAGUACCUGUUGAACUGAGGAAGAUAAGGCAAGGAUUCACUUAUUUACUUGAUACGUUUGAGAAUACAAAAUUUACUGAGAAACAAGACACUCAAUACGAGUAAAACUGAAGUUGAAAAAAAGGUUCCGGACAAAUACCUCUAAAAUCAUGGCUAAAACAGAUUUUUUCGGACCAAUACCAGCAAAAUUAAGCUCUAAAAGAUUUCUCUCAUACCAUGACUUAUAUAAAAACCGUUCCAAAUUAUAAUUUUUUUAAAUUACAUCUUUCGGGGGGCCCCUUUUGCAAAUUUUGGGGCCCCCUUUAACUGGGGGCCCGGGGAAAAUUGCCCCCUUUGCCCUCCCCCCCUGGGCAGCCCUGAUAGCGAUAUAGAUUAUAUAAAGUAUGUAAAGGUUUGAGCAAGUUUUCACCAAAUUUCCCGACGAAAUUUGAUGCCUACAGUCUAAACUAAAUAUUUAAUAGGUCUCGACUGACGUGCAAAGGCCAUUCACUUUUCUUCAUUUAAAAAUUAUUUUCUAUCUUAAAUUUUAGUCAAGCGGCUGCCAAAUGUCAUGACUCCUAACUUCUAAAUUUCUGAUCGUAUAAACUUGAUUCAAAUAUUUUCCGAUAGCUUAUUUCUCGAGGAUUAAAAAUAUAUAAAAAUUUAUUUGUCUUGGAGCAGCAAGCGUGGGAAAUUUUGAAGAACAAAUCAAUUUCGCGCAUUGAAAUUAAGUGUCCGAUGCCAGGACACACCAGGGCCAUCUUACGCUCCCCAAAUUUCGCGCGGAUGGCAUGGGGACGAGGUUGGUUUAAAAAUGUACCGUGGCUCAGAGGGGCCAUCUCUCUCUCUUCUUUUUUCCAGCCGCGCUCUGAAUUACCACGCCACUUAUUAGCCGUACUUCCAAUUUUGAGCCGCGCACUUCCAGUUAUGCCGCCACUAUAUGGCGCGAGUUAUUAAGGCGCCACUUCAGCCGCGAGUUUAUCGGAUUCGUAAUACUCGUUAUACUCAGUAUCUAUAUAAUAAAUAAACAUAUUUCCGUUCCAGAAAUUUCCCGAGCUAAAAUUCAAAUACGUUGAAGAGGAACAACCGGAGGAAUUCUUCAUUCCUUAUGUUUGGUCGCUGGUUUAUAAAUCCGCGAAAUUAUACUGGAAUCCUGAGAGAAUACAGCUCUUUCAUCCCGGCCCUUAGGACCUAACUACCGUCGUUUGCAUCUGAGCAUGAACAACUGUAGAUACAAGCAUUGCCCAUUCUCAUGUGAAACACCAAUGUUUUUGUAUUGCUUAAUGGAACGUGAUGCUAGUUGAAACGUGGUUAGCUCAUCACAUUAAAAUCUGUCAGUGGCGGGUAUUUGGGGGGGGAGGGGCAAUCGCCCCUCCCCAAAAUUUCUGAGAGCCUCUGAAUAACUUUGGAUAACUGUGUAACGAAGCUGUAAAGACCCGUUUCCAUUUGAUAUUCGUCUUAAAAUCAUCGCAAAUAGCAUCUUAAAAUGAGCAAAAUUGCAAAGUUUGGUUGCGAAUUGUUGUAAAAUGAAGCUAAAUGUUGCAUGAACUCGAUUUAAAGAACUACGAUUUCCAGCUACAAAAGUUGAUCAUAUAUUGGCAACCUACAGUAAUUUGCCACUGUAAUCUCUCGAAUGCUGUUGACAAACAUUGGAGUUUUAGAUGAGCAUACAGACAAUGUUUUGUAUGUUGUUGUUCAUCAGCUGCAGACGAUGGGAAUUACUUAUCGGACUUAAAUCGAAUAAAUCCAUGCAAUCGGACAUACUAUCACCCGUCGUAUGGCUAGCUGUUAUACACUUGAGCAUAGGCGUAAAUGAAUUAGAAGGAAAAUAGACAUAGAUUCGUUGAGAUAUGGCAAUAGACAGCAAUUUUAUUUAAUCUCAUGCCUAGAUAUAUAGGGUCAUCACUGAUCUCAAAGAUAGGACUGGAGCGAGCAUUGAUGUGACCACCGCAAAUCUACAGUGGUGUUUGACAAUAUUUCCCAGAGAGGAAUGGGCCAUUUGCAUUAUAGACUAAAUUUUGAUCUAGACAAAAAUUUCAUCACAGCUUGAAAGAGCAUCACAAAAUUAGUAAUAUUCCAAAGUUUCUUUGCGAAAUGUUGUAAAAUGCGGAUAAUAUAGCCUUGCGAAAUUUGCAAUUUUCAGUCAUUUUGUAUUACAAACGGGAAAUUGAUGCCCCAACACCCAAUGUCUAGUGCGUAAUGCAAAAUGACUGAAAAACGGCAAACUUCGCGUGGCUAUAUAUUAUCCACAUUUUACAACAUUUCGCAACGAAACUUUGGAAUAUUACUAAUUUUGUGAUGCUCUUUCAGGCUGUGAUGAAAUUUUUGUCUAGAUCAAAAUUUAGUCUAUAAUGCAAAUGGUCCAUUGGUUAUUAACGCCCAUUUCCACUCAGGAAAAUUUUUCGCAUGAAGAACAUUUUGUGAAAUGUGAUCGGCCAACACAAAUUUUCCGUCGGAAAAAAAUUCUGAAGUCGAAAAUUUUCAACUUUAAACAGGGAAAAUUUUCUGUCCGUUGAAAUUUUUCUUGAGUGGAAAUUGGCCUUUGGUGGCGUCUCUUACUUUUGAAAUUUGCCAGCGAAUAAUUAAUGAGGUCACAGCAAUAUGACCAACUCAAGUCUCAUUAUUUCGUGUUUAAAAAGUUCUAAAACUCAUUAGAAGAGAUCUGGGCUGCUGUAUCUUUCAAGUUACGUAGAGAAAGAUAUUUGCCGAUAGUAUAACCAAUUUAAACACGUAACGAUUGACUUCUAAGUAAUGUGACAGAUUUAAAAAUCUCUCGUAAGUAUUCUGGCUUCAAAAUUUCCCGAAUUCAAAAGGUUGCUCUAUCCAGUGUCAAUAUUUGAGAUCAGUGGGGGUGAUUCAUGAUUAUCAACAUUUUCCCAAGCCUACAAACCGUACAGUAGGGGGAGGGAGUUAGUGGCCAAUGUACGCUUUUUUAAAUGUCGAUGGUAGAUAGACGCAUUAUCCCUGAGGUUUAAAUAAAAUUACGCUCUAGGAGUGGUUUGGGGUAGAGAAAAAGAAUACUCUCCGUACGCUUGUGAAAAUGUUGAUAAUUAUGGACUCCUAAAGAUGUGGCAAACAUUACUGUUGGAGAUAAUUAUUUUGGAAAUUAAGAAAUAGAAGUAUUUUUUUACUUCUAAUGUUAAGUCUUGUUUACACUAUCAAAGUUUCUCUGAUCACAGUAGGAAUUUUGCAUCGAUAAAUUCUAAAUUUUGAAGGAUUUGUAAGAAAUGUUUGAAGAAACUGACUUAGUGUUAAACACUUCUUACAAAUCCUUCAAAACAUAUAAUUUAUUUCUGCAUUUUGAUAGUAUAAUCCAGCCUUUAGAUAUUCGCCGACUUGGAAAAAUGUAUUCAGAAUUCGUAUGCAUGUAUGCGAGAUUUUAUGUAAAUGACAUUAAUGAAAUAACACUAUAUGGGUUAACGUAAUAUUCCUGGGUAAAUUUCCUGGUUAAUAAUAUACAUGAAAACAUUUCUCAAUUCUGACUGGCUCAGAGCAGUGCAAUUUUUUCGAAAUACAGUGCAAAAAAAUGAAAUACAAUGCAAAAAAAUGAAAUACAGUGCAAAAAAAAAGAAAUACAGUGCAAAGUUCAUCGACCAUUUAGGCUUUCUGAUUGGCCUAAAAUAUGAAAAAAUAACAAAGAUAGCCAAUAAGAUACCGCAAUUUCCAGCAGAAAUAAUACAAAAACCCAACAUUUAGGAGUUUUUAGGAGUGACUACAUAAUUUUUUCAUGUAUGUUAUUAAUAAGUAAUAGUAUGGUUUCUCGUGCAAUUUGGAAAAACUUACACUCGUGAGUUUUUUCAAAGACUUCAAAUUGCUCUCGUCCUUCGGACUCGCGCAAGUUUGAUAGUCUUUGAAAAACUCACUCGUGCAUAUUUUUUUCCAAGUUGCACUCGAAACCAUACUAUUACCUAUAUACUAGCCCGAAAUAUUUUAACCCGAGUGUUCUUUAGAACGCUAUAAUAUGGGGGACCGUAGCAGUAUUCAGCAAUAAACUGUCGUGUUUUGGGGCGGAACGUCCUGAAAAGAUUAAAGCAAACCUUUACGUAUCUUUCAGGUAUCCGACCAAAACGCAAAUAUUUUAUUAGACUCUGAGUAUAGUAGCAUUUUGUAGAGUAACUAAUGUAUUUUAACUAGUUAGUAUAUGACAGAAAUUAUUUCUACAGUGGCGGAAAUUAUUUUUUCCUGUCAUGGGGAACAAAGGCUCACUCUGGAAACACCCUAUAGUUAUGAAUUUUUUGGUUAAUCUAACACUGUUUGAAUGUUUCCUGUUAAAUUUAUACAGUUCUGGUUAAUUUGAUCAUAGUCCUGGCUAAUUUAACCAUGGUAUAUAUGGUUGAAUUAACCAGAUUAUGUUAGUUUGACUAUUAACCAAGAAUUUAACCAUUAUGUUACCCCCAAACAGUGUUAAUUUUACAUUAGCCAGGAGAUUUUUAACCAAGGGAGUCUUUAGAGUGCUACUGAAUUUUCGACAAGCCCCUUUCACCCAUUUAUGCACUCAACGUACGUAAAGGUUGGGGGAUAAUUGCACCCCACCGAAAUUUUCGCCACUGUAUUUCUGUAUAGAAUGUAUCUUGGAAUAAAUAUUCAUCUGUAUGUUUUAAUUUCUUUGACCGGCAUACAGUGGUAUAGGUAAUCAUGCGAUGGGGAGUACAAUUAGGGAUUAAUAGUACGAGUGAUGUUUGGAAAUUUUGCCAAAAUCUUUUUGUAACCUUUUUGUGGAAACAUUGUUCCCUAGCCAUGUCUCCUGAAGGUGGGCAAACCAGGAAAUAGCCUGCGUGGCUGGCCCUCAAUUAAAUCCUGCCCGCUGCAAAUCAGGCCCCCAUAAAAUUGAAGGCCUGCCACGCAGGCUAACCAGGAAACGGUGUUUCUUAGCCAUGUUUCCGAAGGUGGACAAACCAGGGAACAUUGUUUCCUAGCCAUGUUUCCCGAAGAUGAG